GAAGCCAACCUCAACUGCUCCACCAAGUUAUUGCACCAGUCAAAUCACAGAACAGGGCAAGCGAGCUGCGAGCUGCGAGCUGCCAUGGGAGUUCAGACAAACUAGAGGAAUAGGAGGAGAGACGGAGAGAUGAGCACGCUCUCAAUUCCAGCGAUUCUCCCUUCUCCCGAAGAAGACUGCCAGAGACUGAGAAAGGCUUUUCAAGGGUUCGGUGCGAACGGAAAGACCAUUAUCGAGGUUUUGGGACACAGAGACGCCCGCAAUCGCGCGGAGAUUACCCGUUGCUAUUUUAAGCUGUAUAACGAAUCCCUAAUCGAACGCCUUCAAUCGGAGCUCUCCGGCGAUUUCCAGAGAGCUGUGAUCUUAUGGAUUGAACAUCCAUCAAUAAGGGACGCGAAGCUGGCACAUAAGGCGUUACAGCGGAAGGGAGAUCGAGACAUAUGGGUCGUCUUAGAGAUAGCUUGUUCGUCAUCAUCGGAGCAUCUGAUUGAAGUGAGACAAACCUACUGCUCCCUCUUUAAUUCCUCUCUUGAAGAAGAUAUUGAAUUUCAAUUUGCUCGACAAGGGCAGCUAAAGCAGUUUUUGUUGAGUCUUGUGGGCUCCUACAGAUAUGAAGGGGACGAAGUGGAUGAGCAACUGGUGAAAUCUGAAGCAAACUCACUCUUUUGUGGUAUAAGAGAGCAGCAGCAGCCUUACAAUGAGGUUAUUCGGGUGCUCAGCUUAAGGAGCAAGGCUCACCUUAGAGCUACAUUCCAGUAUUAUAAGCAAGAAUAUGGAAUAUCUAUCGGCGAGGACAUAGAGUGCAACAUUAGUGACGAUAACAAACUCACAUCGACCAUCAGAGCUACUAUCCGUUGCCUACAAUCGCCCGAAAAGCACUUUGCUGAGGUUGUGAGAAGCUCAAUUUUGGGACUGGGAACAGAUGAGGAAUCUCUCACAAGAGCCAUUGUUACCCGAGCUGAGAUCGACAUGAAGCUGAUCAAGGAGGAGUAUAAGAACAGAUAUAACAAAGCUCUUCAUGAUGAUGUUGUUGGAGACACCUCUGGUUAUUACAGGGAUUUCCAGCUCACACUGAUAGGUGGGAAUUAGUGUAAUUUUAAGUUUAUGUUAGCCUUAGCAAAGGACUAAAAUCUUUGAAAGUUUAUAAUUAGUUAGUAGUUUAAUCAAUGGCCUGCAAAGAAUUAUACUUGUUUGCGUAUUAUCUGUUAUAAUUAGUUCUAUUGAUGUGUGGUAGUUUUA